CAACACGCACUCAGCUGAGAGCUCCGCCCUCCUCCAUGUGAUAUAUGGAGCAAAAUGGGAGUGACUGGUAGUUAAAAGUGUUCAGUAGAGACUUGAUCCAAAGUGCAAAGAUGCGAGUAGCAGUGAUUGGUGCUGGAGUCAUUGGCCUGUCAGCAGCUCAGAGUAUAUAUGAGCAGUACCACUCCAUAGUCAGCCCACUGACCAUUGAGGUGUAUGCAGACCGCUUCACCCCUCUGACCACCAGCGAUGGAGCCGCUGGCUUCUGGCAGCCAUACCUCCAUGACAAGGGCAACAUCCAGGAGACAAAGUGGAAUAAGGAGACCUUUGAUUACCUGCUAAACUGGCUGAGCUCACCUGAGGCAGUAAAAAUGGGCAUAUUCCUCCAAUCAGGCUACAACCUCUGCACUGAACCCCUUCCAGAGCCAUCAUUUAAAGACAUUGUCCUGGGCUUCAGACAGCUCACAGAGCGGGAGCUGCAAAUGUUUCCUGGAUACAAGUUUGGCUGGUUUAACACAGCUCUCAUGGUGGAAGGUAAAACCUACUUACCAUGGCUGACGGACUGGUUGAAAAAGAGGGGCGUCAGAUUUUAUCACAAGAAAAUAGAGUCAUUUAAAGAGCUUUCUGAUGCUGGCGUGGAUGUGAUAAUAAACUGCACUGGGAUAAGAUCUGGGGAGCUGCAGCCCGACCCGGACCUAACACCAGGCCGUGGCCAGAUAAUUAAGGUGGACGCCCCAUGGCUGAAGCAUUGGAUUAUUACCCACAGUACCAAAGCUGGAGUGUACAAUUCACCGUAUAUCAUCCCAGGGAGUCGUCUUGUGACUGUGGGAGGGGUUUUCCAGCUGGGAAACUGGAGUGAGCAGAACAACUCCACUGACCAUGAGAACAUCUGGAAGACUGCAUGUCAGCUUGAGCCCAGUCUCAAGCAUGCCAAGAUAGUAGAGGACUGGGCCGGUCUCAGGCCUGUUCGCAGCAAAGUCCGACUGGAGCGAGAGACCAUACAAUCCGGUGGCUCCACAAUUGAGGUCAUACACAACUACGGCCAUGGCGGCUUUGGGCUCACCAUUCACCGGGGUUGUGCUCAGGAGACAGCAAGGCUGUUCGGUCAGAUCGUGGCGCAGAAGGGCAAACGCCCCAAAGCUCGCCUGUAGUCCUGAGUCCAGCAGCAGGGAUCGGGGCUCUUCUUUUGCCAAAAUCCAGCACUCCCUGUGUUUUUAACAAAGCUAACAUGUAACGCAAAAAAAUAAAAAUACUUUGUAUACUUUAUCUGAACUAUGCUGACAUCACUACAACCUGAGACGCCUUAGAUAAAUAAUGAGUUUGAGUAAGAAAGAUUUUCAUAAAUUGUCUUUAUAGUUUGUUGUAAAUCCAUUGCUUCUAGAAUAUAAAAUUUCUCUAUUAAUUUUAUAAAUAAUAAUAAUAAAAAAACAUGACUCCA